GUACUGAGUAGUUGACUUGGCCUAAUCUAGAAUCUUAGAUCCAAGUGUCGAUUGACAUUUAUUAGGAUAAAUUGUUCUGUUCCUGAUUUUGUGAACGGUGUUUCUUAAGUUAAUUAAUGAAGUGAUCAAAACAAUACAUAGGACUUAAAGGUUGAAGAUGAGUAGCUCAGAGGAAGUAUCAUGGAUCUCCUGGUUUUGUGGCUUGAGAGGAAAUGAAUUCUUUUGUGAGGUGGACGAGGACUACAUUCAAGACAAAUUUAACUUAACUGGACUAAAUGAACAGGUCCCUCAUUAUCGACAAGCACUUGACAUGAUCCUUGAUUUAGAGCCAGAUGAUGAACUAGAGGAAAAUCCAAAUCAAAGCGAUUUAAUAGAGCAGGCAGCUGAAAUGUUGUAUGGACUAAUACAUGCUCGCUACAUCAUGACAAACAGAGGCAUUGCUCAAAUGAUAGAAAAAUGGCAACAGGGAGACUUUGGAUACUGUCCUCGUGUAUACUGUGAGAAUCAACCCAUGCUACCAAUUGGUUUGUCUGAUGUGCCGGGUGAAGCCAUGGUCAAACUGUAUUGUCCUAAAUGUCAAGAUGCGUACACACCCAAAUCCUCCAGGCACCACCAUACAGAUGGUGCAUACUUUGGCACUGGCUUUCCUCAUAUGUUGUUUAUGGUACAUCCUGAGUAUAGGCCUAAAAGGCCUGCAAAUCAAUUUGUUCCAAGGCUUUAUGGAUUCAAGAUACAUCCUCUUGCUUAUCAACUUCAGUACCAAGCUGCGACUAACUUUAAAAUGCCCUUGAGAGGCACAGGACACCCCAACAGCAAACGAUGAAACACUCACUCUUUUAGAACUGUUAUUUUAUUUCUCAAUCAAACAUAGGUUUUCAUGAUGUCUUUAAGGUGGCGAUAUAUUUGGUUUAAUUUUUGUAAAAAUUUUAAGUCCUUGAGUUUACUAGACGCUUAAAUUAUUUGAGGUACUAAGGCAUUCAUUAAGCACUUCCAAUCAGCAUACAGCGUGGUUGAUAAAUAUAAAAAAAUUGUCGGUUUUUCCUGAAUAUAUAUUUUGUAUAUAACACUACAGAAUCAUAAAUUCAUUUUGUUAAAAUUAAAAUAAGGUAAAUAUAUUUAUUAAAAGUUUUUGUUUCUAGCUGUACUUUUUAAGUUGUUAGUUAAAGGAGUGAAGGUGGCACAAGGUUUAUAAACCAUUUGGUGUGCUGUAAAAAUUGUCAUGAGUCAUCCCUGUCUUGUUUUGAAUAAACUUCUACAGUAUUGUAUUAUA